AUGGCUCUGCGCUUGCUCAGCUUAGUGCAGCUGGUGCACCUGGCUGUGGCCUUCGAGUUCGAUGCCGGCUUGACCAAAGAGCUCACGGCCUGGUUCGGUCAGGCGUGGGUCGAUGGCAUGAUCAACGAGGCGAAGAUCGACGCACAUCUCUCAGGAGUGGCACUUUGUGGCUACGCCACCAGCAGUGCGGAGCUCGCUUUGCAGAAGAUCCUCCAGAAGCAUCGAGCAGGUGGAGCUUGUGCUGAUUUCCCAGCCAGCCUCGCACAGCACGCCUGGCGAUACCGACAGGAGGACCUGGAGAAGUGUUUGUCCGGGAAAAGCUGCCAGAUGGCCUGCAAGGAUUUUCCAGAGCUUGUGGCCACCCUCUCCUGCAACGGCGCAAACCUCACAGGCUCCCCUCCUGAAGGGCACUGUCGCCACCAGGUGGAGUCGAAAAUCUUCCAUGCGCCCAGCGGCGACGCACAAGCGAUCUUGCGAAAGAUCCCUUUGCAGUGGGCCGAUGGGCAGGAGACGAUUGAAAUGGUUCGCACUUUCUGGGGCCUCCCAUAUGGUGAGCAGCCCGAGAGGUUCAAAGCUCCUGUGGCGAAGGCGAGAUGGGAGGGCGUGAAGACUUCCAAGGAGCGGAACAACGAGCAUCCAGUGCUUUGUCCCGACAUCCCCGUCUUGGGCCACAACAAGCACGUCAGCGAGGAUUGCCUGCAGCUCCAUGUGUAUGCACCUCAACGGCCUGCCAAACUCCGCCCGGUCUUCGUCUUCCUGAUCCCAGGCGGCUUCACUGGCACCAACUGGUUUCAAGGAAGUUGGUCACUUGCGUGGUAUGAGGUCCGGAACGAGGCACUCUUCGUGAGUGUCGGCUACCGCAGUGGAUAUCUGGGACACUGGGCACACGAAGAGCUCGCGCGUGAGGCUGGGGAUGGUGCCAUGGGGAACUAUGAAGCCAUGGAUCAACGCCUGGCUUUGCAAUGGGUCCAACGGAACAUCGAGACCUUCGGCGGAGACCCAGGGCGCGUGACCUUGGUGGGCCAUUCCUCAGGCGCCUUCUCGGUGCAGUUCCACCUGCUGAGUCCUGCGAGCCGCGGCCUGUUCGCGCAUGGCAUCCUCGAAGGCACUGCACUGGCCUGUUCCCCGUUCGAUCUGCCAGGAGGACGCCUUGAGCUUCUACGACACUUUGACGAGGAAGCUCAAUUGCCACGGCACCGGUGCCGAACAGGUGGCCUGCUUACGGGCGCUGCCCCAUGA